AUGGAUCAGCAGCAAUCGCUGUUGAUUUUACUCGCAGUGCUUCAUAUUUCCCACUCACCCAUCUUGGCCACAGACUUCCAAGCAUUUGGCAGCCUUCCAAACGAAUUCCGUCUGGUUGAUGACACACCAACAGACCAUCUGGUUGGAAAGGUGCAAGCACCUCCUGGUGCCUCUCUCAUAACAUUCCCAACAUCCGGUGUCUUAGGUUCAGAUCAAUCACCCUGGAGAUUCCAAAUCUUUCGACCUUACAAAUUACCCAGCCGCCUCUUUCGGAUUGAUCCGGAUACUGGUGAGCUCUAUACCUCUCAAACUAUUGACCGAGAAGCACUCUGCACUGAACCAGAUGUGGUAGAAUGUACCCUCUCCUUUCAAGUAACUGCACAAACCAAAACCACAUCUGGUGUGCCCCAUUUCAUUGAUAUCAAGGUCCUAAUUGAUGAUCGAAAUGAUCAUGCGCCUGAAUUUCCUGAUCCAGGGUUUGUAAAUCUUUCUGUGCCCGAAUCCACUGAAGUUGGUGCUCGAUUUCCCCUCCCGUUGGCUAGUGACCCGGACACCAGACAAUUUUCUGUGAACGCCUACGUUGCUGAACCUGAAAUGCCAAGUGAAUGGUCUUUAGUUACCGAAACUUCUGGAGGCGAAACAGACAACUAUAUCUUCUCAAAAGUCUCCCCAUCAAUGAUUUCCUCCUCCGUACACAAAAUCACUGGUCUCUACCUCAAAUUGCAGAAACCUCUAGAUCACGAAACCAAAAUGAAGUUCUCCUUUAAGAUUCGAGCUCUGGAUGGUUCGGAAGCAAAUGAAUAUGCCCCAGUGGUUAAUCGAAAAGAUAUUCUCCAGGUUUAUAUCUAUGUAGAGGAUAUUAACGACAACGGACCCGUAUUCAGACCACAAGGAAAACCCUACCCAGUAGCACCACCUAAAGCUCAAAUCAACAAUUGGAUUAUUACCUAUACAGCAACUGUUCCCGAGAGUAAGUGGAUAAAAGAUCCAAUCUUGAAACUGGUUGCUGAUGACAGAGAUGGACCGGCGAAUUCGAAAGUUGGUUACUACUUUGCUCCAGCGACAAGCAAGCACGUUCAGGAAUAUUUCACUCUGAAUCCACUUAAUGGGUAUCUCUUUCUUCGCAAGCCUCUGGAUUAUGAACUUCAGUCCGAGUAUUCAUUCAGAGUUAUUGCUACUGAUAUGCCGGAAGAUAAUUUGAGAGUUGGUAUUGUGCAUGGCCAAGUUUCACCUUCAUCUUCAAAUAUCCAUAUAGCAACGGCUCAAGUUGUGAUCACAGUCACUGAUACGAAUGAUGAGGCGCCUGAAAUAGAAAUUGAUUUCAUUUCAAGUGAGCCGAAUGCUUCACCAAUGGCAACUAAAUAUGCCGAAAUAGAAGAAAAUGCACCUCCGCCACAGUUCAUCGCCAGCAUUCAAGCAACUGAUAGAGAUGCUGGCAUGAGCGGUCAAGUGAGCUGUGCUCAACAGCAAGUGCUUAAUCCAUCUUCUUCUCUAUGGCCAAGGCCAUCUCAAACGUCCAUGAAUACUUCCUCUUCACCAUUUCAACUGGAUGAGAUUCGUCAAGAAAACGGACGCGUGCAGUAUCGCUUGCUAACUCGAGAGGCCCUGGACAGGGAAGAUAUCGAAAACGGUGGAGCUUAUCGUCAAGUAAAGAUAGUCUGCACAGAUAUGGGACGACCACCCCGUGCUUCCAGUGCAUUUGUGAAUAUCAGAAUUAGGGAUAAGAACGACAAUGCUCCUACAAUAAACUUGAGGCGUCCAACCGACUUCAUGUACAGUUUGAAGCCCUCAGACGGAGAUAAAUGGCCAUAUGUAUAUGAGAAUGCGCCAGUUGGAAGUCUCAUUACUCGUCUGAACGCCUCUGAUUUAGACGAAGGAGAAAAUGGCCGUCUGACAUUCAGCUUUGUUGCUGAUGAGUUACCAAUAGGCUCUGUGAAUCCUCUUACACUUUUUCAAAUAAAUGCGAAAACUGGGGACAUCACAACCAAAGUGGAAAUAGACAGAGAAGCUUAUGACCCACCAUUGUCAAGUGUUCUCUUACGAGUCAAAGCGUCUGACAACGGGGUUCCACCCAAAUCAGCAACUCAGGAUAUCAGGAUCUACAUUCGAGAUGAAAACGAUAAUUGGCCUGUUUUUCAACGAUCUGAAUACCAGUUCCAUGUAAUGGAAAACUUAGACGCUGGCUAUGCAGUUGGAGACAUUCUCGUAACUGAUAAAGAUGAGGGGGAGAUCAAGCUUACCUUUGGAAUGCACACAUAUGGACCUCUCCCGUUUACUAUCUGGUCAUGCCCUUAUCAAGACGAUGGGGAACAUGGAUCCUAUUCCAUUUAUCGGUUCAUUCUCAAUACGACUAGACCUUUAGAUAGGGAAGUAGAAAGUGCUUUCAAGUUCACUCUUAUAGCUACUGAUGGUGGCACUGGUCAAGGAAAAUCAAAAUUUGGAUCUGCUACAGCAACUGUUGAAAUCAUAGUCGAGAAUGAGAACGACAACGAUCCUGUAAUCAUCUUUCCUCAAAAACAAAACAAGACAUUCUAUCUUUCCUGGAGAGAGAAAAAGAAUUUUGAGCUGCUCACUAUCAAUGCAAACGAUAAAGACCCUUCUGAAAAUCCACAUAUCUUUGAACUCAUGAAAGGUAUGUCAGACGUUCAAUUGAUCAAUUAUAGUAAGGAGAACGAAACAAAGAAAGACGCGGAGUUCACCUUAAGUUCGGACUUUCUUGACAUUGAACCGACAACUGGAAUUGUAUUCCUUUCUCGAGACAUGAGAGCAGAAGAUAAGGGUAUCCAUAUCUUUAAAGUGCAAGUAACUGACGCCGGGGUUCCACCAAGAUCUAGUUCAAUUACAUUCUUUGUUUUGGUUGACGAUUCUUCUCCUCGAACACCGAUACAAGAUGGUAAUAACGUACCAUUGCCGAAGAUAAAUACCAAGCCCCCUGCAAAUGUUGAUCGACCUCCACCCAAGAGGGCUAGUAUCCAAGUUCCCAAUAAUCAAGUUGGAAAUCAAAAACUCCCCUCUGAUAUUCGCCCUAAUCAGAAGCCUAGGGUAGCUGGGGACUUGAUUGUUCUUCUGGCUCUGGGUCUCGUCUUUCUCCUUCUUAUUGCCACCAUGGGGUUGGUCGUGUAUUUCCGCUAUUGGAAGAAACAAACUCGAAUGGCUCAAGUGAAUGGAAACCGUGGAUCCCUCUUAUUUGCUAACCAAGUUAAUAGAAGUGGAAGUACCUGCAUGAAGGAAAUUAGAGUUCCAGUGGCAAAACAGCAAGAACGGUGGCUCUGCACCAGUGACGGGUCUAUAAUUAGCGUUUCUUCGCCAACUCAACUGCUGAGUGAGAGUGAACAACUAAAGAACCACUUCCCAGCUGUUAUUUCAUCUGCAGAUAGUACGGGCAACAUUUACUAUAAGGCUAGAGCAGAAACUUUAAGAUCAGGUAAAAAUGACAAUGACCCUAUGGCUGGUUACUCUACACUCUCACCUAUGACAUCGGUGAUAUUGAAGCCGAAUGUGGUUCAAGAUAGCGAGAGUUACGUUCACCCAGAUUCUCAACUCGCUUACUACGCUCAAAAUGUACACGUGUUAAGUGGACAGCCAAAAGAUAGAUCUAUUCUCUUUUCUCAGAGGCACACAAUGGAUAGGAAUACCUUCAGAAACAUAGCCGCAAUAAAACAGCAGCAUCAGCAGCAAGUACAACAACAAGUUCCUCAUCCAAAUCAAAGUGAAGUUCUAGUACUCCCCCCGGUAGCUUGGGACUGUCAGUCACGAAGUGACUCAUCUUUGAAACAGGAGGAGAUGGUGAUGAUGUCUACCACCGAAAGUGGCCGCAGUGAAACCGACGUGAGUCAAUUUUGCUCACCAUUUGCAUGA